UGCAGCCCAGCCCAGGGCUGCUGCUGAGCCCCGGGCCAGCGCAGACUCAGGCCGCGAUCAGACGUGCAGUUCCGUUUUUCGGCGGGACUGGCACCGGGAAAUGGGGGCGUUCUGCUGGGUUCUGGUAGGGUCCCAGAAGCUUGAAGGCCACUGGGCGGUCAGUAUAACUGAGCAGAGAAGGGCCUCACUUACAGAGGAAAUGGGUCCCUGGGGGAGUCAAGUGACUUGUGUGAUCACAGAGACAGCGGUCAGCGGAGGCCAACUGGUUCCCCAGCCUGUACAGGCCUUGCUGGUGGGCCAGCCCAGGCCUCUGCCCUGGAGAGGUGGGCUCUGUCUGGGCAGUGGCUGCUGGGCUCCAGCUAUCCGUGUGUCUGUCCUUCCCAGCCGGGUCUCCUGUUUAGAGUGGUGUCCACACGGUCCAGGGAUGUACAUGCAGGUGGAGACCCGCACCAGCUCCUACCUACAUCUGAAGAGGGCUCCGGGCAUCAGGUCCUGGUCCCUGCUGGUUGGAAUCUUGUCAAUCGGCCUGGCUGCUGCCUACUACAGUGGAGAUAGUCUGGGCUGGAAGCUCUUCUAUGUCACUGGCUGCCUGUUUGUGGCUGUGCAGAACCUGGAGGACUGGGAGGAAGCCGUCUUCGACAAGAGCACUGGGAAGGUCGUGCUGAAGACAUUCAGCUUAUACAAGAAGCUUCUGACUCUGUUCAGAGCAGGCCACGACCAAGUGGUGGUCCUGCUGAGCGACAUCCAGGACGUGAACGUGGAGGAGGAGAAGGUGCGGUACUUCGGGAGGGGCUACGUGGUGGUGCUGCGCUUUUCAACAGGCUUCUCGCACCCCCUCACCCAGAGUGCUGUCAUGGGCCACCACAGUAACCUGCCCUUCCUUCCGGUGCCGGCCGGCCCAGUGAUGUGGAAGCCAUUGCCAAGCUCAUCACCGCCUUCCUGGAGCUGCACUGUCCGGAGAGCCCCGUGGAGCUGUCUCAGAGCAGCGACAGUGAGGCUGACAGCCUCGGAAGCCAGAGCUGACCCCACCCCACAGAGCCCCCAGCCUUGGUGCUGAUGGUGCCCCAGCAGGCCUGAUGGGCCACCAGCCAGUCCCACCACCAAGCUGUGUCCCUGCAGCCCACGGGCAGGACCCUUGACCACUCCUGCCGCUGCCCUUCGAGCAGAACCACAGCUGGACCAUCUGCAGGCUCCAAGGUCCAGGGGGGGCAUGGGCCUCGGAUCUGCCUCCUGGAACCAUAUGCCCCGGCCUGGACAGUGUGGGGUGUGAGUGUGAUGGGUGGCAUGGCCACCCCACAGCCCCCAGCUGUGUGGGGCUCCAGCCUCCGAAAGGGGAAGGAAGCCCAGGCUCCCCAGGGUGCAGCUGGGGCUGGUGUUCCCACACGGAGACUGAGCACUUGGUGGGGAGGGAGGUUGGCCAGCACGGACCACACAGGAAUGUAGUUGGAGGGUGACGACGAGGCUUUAGCAGGCCAGCAUGUCGUCCCCAGGAAUCCGUGUCCCCUUACCAUCCAGCCCCCAUGAAGCAUCCUUCUCCUGGCCAGGCGUCCUCAGCAGUCAGGAGUGAGGUGCCUGCCUGUGGCCCAUCCGACUGCUGGGCCCAUCCCACUGCUGCAGCCCCCCCCCCCCCAAGGCCUCCCCAGUGCACAGAGUGCGCUCCACCACAGUGGCUUUCCUUGGAUCCAGCCAGGACCGUGCUGGGCUGUCAUGAGGACACCCUUCUGUUACGUACCCCCAGCCUAGGCAAAGGCCACUGGCAAGAAGAGGCAUCUGUACCAGCUUUGAGCAGUGUUUAAAGCCAGGACCUCGCCCUUAGACACCAGAUUCCAGCUUCUCUUGAGCCCUGGGAAGACCCUGUCAGUCGGGCCCAUUUGUGCGUGGCAGCGGGCUGCACCACAGACUGGGCACUGAGGAACCUGAUCAGGGCGCACCGGCCCAGACUGGGGCUGAGGCUGCCUGGGGGACACUAAGUACUGCAGUUUCUAGGGAUCCUCUCCCUUCUUGGCAGUGGCUGCCAACCAGCCUGUAGUCUAGGAACAUGGUCCCUUAAACCUGCUGAAGGUGGGUUUUCAAUUAAAUCCA